UUCAGCCGCUUCGUCUAAUGGCACCGACUCUCAGCCGGCACGCUGCUCCUUCGCUGUUUGAACCGAGGACACACAAGGCAGCUCUUCUCAUGGAGCCCUCUUAAAUCGCUCCACGCGAGGGAGCUGCCAAAGCGGGUGGGGGACGGCCGAAAACGGAAGGGAAAAAAAGCAAGUCCUGCGAAGAGAAGAAGCAGAAGGAGCUGCCAACCUCCGCCGCUCCUGGGUUUGCUGGCGACCCAUGCUCUGCUCGAUGGCUAACUCCGGCUGCCUCCUAGUCUCCAACUCCGCCUUGCUCCCGCACUCUCUCCCUUGCCCCCCAGCCUUCCUCUACCUCCAGCAGGGCAAUCAGGACGCCACGGCUCCGCCUGACGCAAUGGCUCAACCCUAUCCCCCGGCAACCUAUCCACCACCCCCACAGAAUGGUAUCCCUCCAGAGUAUGUUCCUCCACCACCACACCCACAUCCAGCACAGGACUAUUCGGGGCAGAGUACAGUACCCGAGCAUGCCUUGACGCUCUACACCCCAGCACAGAGCCACUCCGAACAGCCAGGCACUGAUGCCAGCACACAGUCCAUAGCAGGCACACAAACGGUACCGCAGACAGACGAAGCAGCGCAGACAGACAACCAGACACUACACCUACCGGAGAAUGGUUCUGACAAGCAGCAGCCUAAGCGGCUACACGUUUCCAACAUCCCUUUCCGCUUCCGGGACCCUGAUCUGCGGCAAAUGUUUGGGCAAUUUGGAAAGAUCCUGGAUGUUGAGAUCAUUUUCAAUGAGCGCGGUUCCAAGGUCAACAAUGCUACCGCACGGGUCAUGACAAACAAAAAGGCAGCUAAUCCCUACACAAACGGCUGGAAGCUGAACCCCGUAGUGGGUGCCGUCUAUGGCCCUGAAUUCUAUGCAGUGACCGGUUUUCCAUAUCCAGCCACAGGAACUGCAGUAGCAUACCGGGGAACGCACUUAAGGGGCCGAGGACGCACAGUCUACAACACGUUCCGAGCAGCUCCCCCACCUCCACCCAUCCCCACUUACGGAGCAGUGGUUUACCAAGACGGAUUCUACGGUGCUGAAAUUUAUGGGGGCUAUGCGGCCUACAGAUACGCCCAGCCUGCGGCAGCGGCAACAACAGCUUACAGCGACAGGGUUGGCAACUCAGCGAUUCCUCAGUUUCUAACGCUGCCCCCUGUGUUCGCUCCUAGUUACGGCAGAGUUUAUGCAGCUGCAGACCCUUACCACCACACUAUUGGCCCUGCUGCCACCUACAGCAUCGGCACCAUGUGAAACCUUCAGCUGUUUCCUUCUGGGACCAGGAAGGGCACAAAACAUUUUUUUUUAAAGCAAAGCAACAAACAAUUACAAAACUAACAAGCCAAGCGACUGAGUGAAAGCCCCCUUCUGUCCACACAUGCGCCCCAAGCGACAGGCCAGCCGGAGCGCAACUACUGACAGUCUGCCCGGACAGAUGGACGGCAGGGCAGCCCCACGCAGACUCCAUAAUGCUGUCCGCAUCAGGAGACCCGUGCCCUGCUCCUCCCCGCUGCAGACCAUGGGACCAGGAGGGACAGGUACUGACACAGACUGGAAUCUGCAGGCCCCAGGCCAUCACGUCUUCCUUCCAGCCCUCCUGAAGACCUGCGGCCCUUCCAGACCGCAGACGACGCCAUGAGCGCCCGGCAGGGCUAGCCGUCCUGCUUCUUGCAUCCCAGAAGUUCCCAGUGUUUUCGCGCUUAGCUGGUUCAUCCGUUGGUCAAGUCGGCAAGCCUUGGAUUCCUGUACGGUGUAGGGCCAGGCUGAGGGCUUCUGGGGUACGCCGGUGGAUGGGCACCCCAGGUUUUCAAGGGGGGUUUCUUUGAAGAAGUUGCACUUUCCUCUCCCCCUGAGGAUCCCGGCUCCCAUCGGCCCACAAGGCAGCCAGCUCCACCCCGGCAGCUGUCCUUGGGGGAGGCCUGGCUGAACUCAGAGCUGAGAACAUCCGAGAUCUCCAGGUCUCCCCCAGAACCUCCCAUCUUGCUCCGGAGGGCCGAGAAACGCCUCCCCCUCCAUCACACUGAAGCCAGGGUGCUGGGCAAGCAUUUCCUCAAGGACUGUGUGGCUGGCAAGGGAUAGCAGCAUAGCCCCCAGCUGGGGAGGGGGCCAGUCUGGGCACCAGGGCAUUCGGAGAAAGAACCGUUUUGCUACACAAACCAAGCUGCACCACCGCCGCUGAUGCUGCCACCGCCGCCGCUGCCGCCCAGGGUUUCCUCCCUGCCCACAGCCCUUCAUGGGAGGAGUGCAUGUCCCAUUACCCGCCCACCCCACCCCAGAGCCAGAUGGACUCAGGGCCUCCUCCCUGCUUCUGACCUCCCCUUGGCUUAGUCAUCUCAUGAAACCUCACUUUCUAUUCAGCAUUAAAGCUCCUGACAUGCCAGCAACCAGAUGAUCCUCCUUUUCUAUUCCCGUUGUAUAUAGCCCCACCUUUGCCACUCCUGCCCCCUUGUACAACCCACCCCUCCCAUUUGCUACUCCCUCUCCCACCCUGGGAGCAUCAGCUACCCACCCCAUUCUAUAUGCUUCAAAAGUGUGACCAUUCAAAUAAACAGUAUUUAUUAUUAUUACUAUUAUUAUUUAUUAAUAAAGGUUUCUUUCUUCAA